AUGAUGCUAUUGUUUCCCUUGCUGGCCUUGUUGGCAUUUGUCUGCCACGCGCAUGCUAAGGGUGUUUUCGCCCAUUUUAUGCUAGGGAACAGCGACAACUACACAAAAGAUGACUGGCGACAGGACAUCAGCGCCGCCAAAGCAGCCCACUUGGACGCCUUCGCCCUAAACACAGGCUGGGGUCUCAACACCAAAGAGCUCCUCGACGACGCCUUCUCAAUCGCCGACGAGGUCGGCUUCAAACUAUUCCUCUCCCUCGACUACUCCGGCGACGGCCACUGGCCACAAGACCAAGUCGUCAACGUGUUGAAGGCCUACACGAACAAAACCGCCUACUACCGACACCGCGAUGACAAGCCACUUGUCUCGACGUUCGAAGGCUCCCAAGCCGCCGGCGACUGGCAGAACAUCAAACGUAAGGUUGACUGUGUCUUUAUCCCGGACUGGUCGUCUCUCCAACCUAGCGUCGCGUUGGGGCGGGCUGCAGUCGACGGGCUCAUGAGCUGGAGUGCCUGGCCCGAGGGUGCGCAUGAUACCAACACCACGCAGGAUAAGAAAUACAUGGAUGCGUUGAAUGGCAAACCCUACAUCAUGCCUGUGUCGCCGUGGUUCUAUACCAAUAUGGUCCGCUACCAUAAGAACUGGGUGUGGCGGGGAGACGACGUCUGGUACAAACGGUGGCAGGACGUGCUGGAGAUCGACCCCGAGUACGUGGAGAUCAUCUCGUGGAAUGACUACGGCGAGUCUCAUUACAUCGGGCCGAUCCAUGAGCGAAGUCUGAAUGUCUUCGACGACGCCCAGGCGCCGUUCGACUAUGCCAAGGGCAUGCCGCAUGACGGGUGGCGGGCCUUUCUGCCGUACGUGAUCGAACAGUAUAAGAACCCGGGACGGGACGCAAAGAUCGAGAACGAGGGCAUCGUCUCGUGGUAUCGUGUGAAUCCGUCAUCUGCUUGCUCGGAUGGGAAAACGACGGGGAACACGGAAACUCAGGCGCAGAAAUUGUACGAGCCUGAGGAGGUCCUACAGGAUAAGAUUUUUUACUCGGCGUUGUUAGAGUCGCCGGCCGAUAUUACGGUCAGCAUUGGUGGCAACAACAAGACGGCAACGUGGGACGAUAAACCGGAUGGGAGUAAGGGGAUCUAUCACGGAAGCAUCGAGACUGGGAAAAAAUUGGGCGAUGUGGUAGUGACGCUGUCGAGGGACAAACAGUUCCUGGCACAGAUGAAGGGAAAGGCCAUCACGGACAAGUGCGAGAAGAACCUGACGAACUGGAACGCGUGGGUUGGCAACGCUACCUCGACUGGGGAACUGGCCGCGAAACACUCCUCGUCGUCCUCGGGUGACGAUGAGGAUUCGUCGUCGACGCGAGUAGCUGUGGGGGGCCUGCUCCAGGCGGCGGUGCUCUGGAUGGUAAUCUUCUAUCUGGCAUGA